GCAAAGGCACUCCUAUGUAAAGUUGUUUUUGGACGAAAAUUUGAAAAACCUGUCAGUUUACCACUUUUCCAAGGUUAGAGUAGUGACAUGUUCAACUACUUAAGACAUUGGCUCUAAUCUAGGUUAUACCUUUAAGAUGUCGAGCAAAUGAACAGCAACAACAACAACCCCGGCCUGGUCUGUUUCAAACGCGUUCUCGGAUGUCUCGUGAUGUUGUCUCUGGGUUUAGAAACUCCGUUUCUUUGCCAUGAUAAAAAAAAACUAUGUAAACCAAAUUGAUACUGUGAAACAUUUUGCCAGGUUUCGAACUGGUAACGGAUUUAUAUAUAUUCAAUAAAAAAAAAUAUAUAUAUAAUUGUACUUUGAUUCUGAGCGGUCGCCAGAGCCAAAUUCCCAGCAUGCUUCACUCUCCUUGGCAACCCAGCGAAUAAAUUGAAACGGGUGUAAUUCAUCCGCCAUUUCACCAACGUUAGCUUGUUGACUAGCAGCCCGUCACUCCAAAAAUAAAUUAAAACAGUUAUUUAUUCAAUACUGCUAAAGUGAAGGAACACUGUCAAAUUUCGACAAUAUUUUAUCAGCGUUGUUGAGGUAUUCAAUUGACCCCUAUUAAUUCCGUAACGAAACAGGAUUAGCUAACUGCGCAAGAAGAUGUCGACCGAGGCCGCUGCUCCGGAGAAACCAGGCCAGGGGGAAAUUAACGGCAAGGCCAAGCAUGAACCCAGUGUCAGGAAGGAAAGGCCCCAGAAGCGUGGAGGUGGUCGCUUUGAACCCUAUGGGAACCCAUCAAAGAGAUACCGUGUGUUUGUCAGCAACAUUCCAUAUGAUGUGAAAUGGCAGGCACUCAAAGACCUAAUGAAAGAAAAAGUGGGUGAGGUAACGUACGUGGAACACUUAAUGGACGGAGAAGGCAAAUCGAGGGGUUGCGCGGUUGUUGAGUUCAGGACUGAGGAACUGAUGAAGAAGGCUGUGGAGAAAGUCAACAAGCACAACCUGAAUGGGCGGCCCCUGAAAGUCAAAGAGGACCCAGAUGGUGUGAUUGCCCAGAGGGACGCCCACAGGUCCCAGGGUGGUGGUGGACCCCCCGGUGGCCAUGGUGGAAUGAACAUGGGCAUGGAUCGCAUGAAUAUGGAGCGAAUGAACAUGGACCGCAUGGACCGCAUGGGCCCGGGACCGGGCGCCCCACCCAUGGUCAUCAUCCCCCCCAGCCUCAUGAACAACUCCAACAUCCCCAAUGAGAUCAUCCACGGGCUGCAGGCUGGCAAGAUUGGAAGCACUGUCUUUGUAGCUAAUCUGGACUACAAGGUUGGCUGGAAGAAGCUGAAGGAGGUGUUUGGCAUGGCAGGUGUGGUGGUGCGCACUGACAUCCUGGAGGACAAAGAUGGGAAUAGCAGGGGCAUGGGCACCGUCACCUUUGACAUGCCUAUUGAAGCUGUCCAAGCCGUCAGUAUGUUCAACGGUCAACUGCUUUUCAACCGGGUCAUGCAUGUCAAGCUGGAUGAGAAGUCCUUGCCAAAAGGAGACUUUGCACCACCUGAGAGACCACCAGCACUACCCCGUGGCCUUAGUGGCAUCGGGCUGGGACUUGGGCCUGGUGGCCAACCCAUUGACGCCACCGCACUGAACAGAGGAGGUGGAGGAAUGGGCAACAUGGGACCUGGGGGCAUGGAGGGCAUGGGCUUUGGUGGUGGCAUGGGUAGAAUGGGAGGCAUGGAUAACUUUGGUGGAAUGAACAACAUGGAGCGUUUUGGACCAUCUGGAAUGGGCAGGAUGAAUGAGAUGGACCGUGGGCUUGGUGGUUCUUUUGACCGGGAGUUUGGUCGAAAUGAUAUGGGCAUGUCUCGCAAUAAUUUUGGAGAAUCCUUUGAAAGAGGAAUGGGUAGCUCACUGGGCAUGGACCGCAUGAGCUCUGGCAUGGAUCGCUUGGGUGGUGGAAUGGACCGUCUGGGUGGAAUGGAGCGCAUGGGGAUGGAGAGGAUGGACCGCGUGUCUGAUCUGGACAGGCUCGGUGGGUCUGGCUUUGACAGGAUGGGCUCUGGGCUGGACCGGCUGGGGCCCAGUAUGGACAGGAUUGGUUCUGGGCUGGACCGUAUGAGCUCCAGUGUGGACCGCCUGGGCCCAGCUGGGUUUGACCGCCUAGGCCCGUCCAGUUUGGAACGUAUGCCUGCUGGCCUGGACUUCGCCUCUCCCAUGGGCAUGGCGGACCGCAUGGAGAGGAUGGGAACCAACUUUGACCGCAUGGGGUCUGCCGGCAUUGACCGCUUCCCGGCCACCGGGAUUGACCGCAUGGGCUCCACCAUGGACCGUAUGGGCGCUGUCGGUGUUGGUGGCCAGUUUGACCGGCCAGCUGAGAUGGAGCGUGGGGGCUUUGGAGGAAAUGGCUUUGGGGGGGCCGGAGGUCCUGGAGCCAACGCCAGGAAGGGCUGCCAGAUCUUUGUCAGAAAUCUGCCCUUUGACUUCACCUGGAAAAUGCUGAAGGAUAACUUCAAUACAUGCGGUAUUGUCCAAUAUGCUGACAUCAAGAUGGAGAAUGGCAAGUCCAAGGGCUGUGGCGUGGUUCGCUUUGACAACCCGGAGACUGCAGAGAGAGCCUGUCGCACCAUGAAUGGCUACAGGCUGAAUGGAAGAGAGAUCGAUGUCAGAAUCGACAGAAAUGCGUAAUCGUCCAGUGUUAUUGUGGCCCUCAUAUUUGCCGCCCUGUAUCGACCUUUCCACAUUUCUUGUUUUUUAGGCAAUUGUAACUGCGCAAGUGUAUUUUUAGUUAGUUCUCGUCCCUGCAUAAUUUGUGACCAAAUUUAAAUUUCUUUAUAUUUUACCUGUGAUGCUUCACUUCAUUGCCUUUGAUCUAUAAGGUGUUUUGAUAAUAAAUAUAACCAUUGGAA